AGCGUGUGCGUCUUUUUGUUCAAUACAUAAAGCAUGCUGUGUUGCUAGCUAUGAUCAGAAAACAAACCAAUGCAUCCUAGAUAAAUCCUGCUGCCCAGAAAGUGAGCAAUCAGUAGAUGCACUGAUGUUGAAGAUCCAAUCAGAUUCACUUGCAUGCCCAAACGGAUGGUUAAAAAACGAAAACAAAUGCUACUUCUACAGCGAUGAACUUAAACCUUGGACAGAUGCUAAGAUUUCCUGCGAAGCUGAUGAAGGAAUGCUUGUAGAAGUAGAUUCAAAAUGUGAAAACGACUUUAUUAAGAUGUCAGCAAGCAUGCCAAGAUACUGGUUAGGUGGAACUGACCAACAAAAAGAAGGUGUUUGGAUAUGGUCACACAGUCAGAACGUUAUCACCUUUUCUGAUUGGGCCAAGAGACAGCCAGACAAUUAUAAAGGCAGGGAACAUUGCCUUGAAUUGUGGAAUAACAAUGGAUUGUAUUGGAAUGAUUGCCCAUGUCACGAGUUACGGCGAUUUGUCUGUGAAAAAGAUUUAUUAAAUUAAGUUGAAGAAGAAGAAAAGAUGUAGAAGACAGAGAUCAUCGAAUGAAUUGAAGCCUGUGCUUCAACAAUUUUCCGAUAUAUGGAGAAGAAUUAUUUUGUCUUAAACAAAAUUGUAAAAAACGUUCAUAUUAGAUACUUUCUUUUUGUUGCUUUUUUACUUGUUUAGAGUCUUGUAUUGUUAUAUAUUUAAUGAUAACAAAACCACUCAGUAUAUUUGUUGGUGUAUAGAAAACAGUUUACCUAGAUAGACUCCUAAUUUAAAAACAGAAAAUAAAAAAAUCUUUUUAAAUGUGUUAAUUCCGUUUUUUAAUCUUAUCAAUAUCAAUUUUAACUGUUAUUUCACAAAACAAACCUGUCCAUUGAUUUGCUAUCAACUGGUUUGGACUUUCGAUGUAAGAAUUAGUGGCAAUGAUUAUCCGCUUGAUAAGUGAUAUGUGUGAUGAUGGUUGAUCUGACACAAAAUUGUGAUUAGACUAAAGAAAAGGUAUUGUGUGGUAUUUAGUGAUUUCAAUAACAUAAAUAUGAAAAACUCAUUUGAUUGAUUGCCGUGAUUAUAAUAGAUGAUUAUUAUUUUUUGUUAAAAUCACCGUUGGUUUUCAGUCAUAAAUAUUGAAAUUUGCAUUUUGCCAAUCAGAGUAAAAUAUUGUUUAUUCAUACGGUUUUUGUUUUGUAUAAAGCUCAAAAUCAAACAGAACACAUAUCAUGUAUGCUGCUUUAUAAUUUAUUUUUAAUUGUUGUGAUAAAUGUUUAAUUGGCUAUCUAGAUACACAUUUGUUGACGUGCUGUAUAUACACAAAUGACUACCAUCUAUAAAUUUGAAUGCUGUCUUAAGAUAUAAAUGUAAUAUCGUACAAUUUAUAUAUAUCAAAUUGCAAACAGUUUUUGUUCCAAACAGGUUUUUUCCAACAUCUGCGUGUUUGUAAAGGGAGGUAUCUUAACUAUGAUUUUACUUAAACGGAUUGUAAAUGAAAUAAAGGUGACCGGCUAGAUUUAGAAUAAACAAUAAGAUCUAGUAUUAAUUCUUACAAGAGAAAUCUUCACGAGUGACCAAAUGACUCAGAAAUUAACAAUGUUAGGUUACCUUCCAGCAUUCUAAAAUUAAUAAAGCCCAUACCAGGAAGUCAGAGCUCCCUAUAUAAUUGUUAUUAAAUACAACCAUAGAUAUAUAAAUGUGAAUACAUAAUUAUGUCUAGUUGGUUUCAGAUGAUGAUGCAUAUUCUUUUGUUUUAAGUUCGAUAAUAUGCUAAUGACUCUAUUCAAGUCAGGAAUAUGACAGUUGUUAUCCAUUCGUUUGAUGUGUUUGGACUUUUGAUUUUGCCUUUUGAUUUUGGAUUUUCCUUUAUGAAUUUUCCUCGGCGUUCAGUAUUUUUGUGUUUUUACUUUUUUCUAAAACAAUUGUUUUAUUUCUUAAGGACAUCAUGUCUAACACAUGUAACAAAUGCAAUAAGAAUAUAAUUAUUUAACGCAAUACUGUUUUUAAGAAACUAAGGACAAUUUUCAUAUUUAUUGUCUCUUUGAAUUUAACCAUCAACGUAGAUUAUCAUUUAGAUUUUUUUAUAUCAGGAUUACAUUUUUGCAUUAAUUAUUUGUAUCUGUAUCAUUCUUAGCAUCACAUGUAAAUGUUUGAGGUAUUUUGCAGAUAGCAUUGAGGCAUAUUGAGUUACCAUGGAGACAGCCUUCCAAUAGGAUGAUAUUACAAGUUCUAAUAUGUCAAUUCCUAACUAAAAGUUAAGAGUUCCAACUGGUGAAGUUAAAAUCAUCCCUUCGUAAAUUUUACGGACACCAUCAAAUUUAUCGUUAUGGAAUAAACGUUUCACAAAAGAUAUCGGAUAUGUUUCUUACGUUAUAACUACAAUCCCCUUCCCUUUCAUGAAUGUGACCUACCGAAUAAGACUAUUUACCUGAUUUGUUAUCACAUAAGAAACACGACGGGUACCACAUGUGGAGCAUGAUCUGAUUACCCUUCCGGAGCACAUGAGAUCACCCCUAGUUUUUUGUGGGGUUCGUGUUAUUCUUUAGUUUUCUACGUUGUGUCAUUUGUACUAUUGUUUGUUUGUCCUUUCCAUUUUAAGCCAUGACGUUGUCAGGUUAUUUUCGAUUUAUGAGUUUGACUGUCCCUUUGGUAUCUUUCGUCCCUCUUUAAGAGGGGAAUUGUACACGGUUUUUUUUUGUUCGUUUCUACCUAGUAAACAUUGUAAGCUUAAAAAUCAGAAGCGUAGCCUUAAUGUAAGUGCUAUGUUAAAUACCGAAAAUGGCAAAAGGGCAAGAUUCAAAAUAAAAAUAUAUUUAGGACGCCAUUAUUCAUGAUUUGUCCGUACUGAGGGGGAAAUCUUGCAGAUUAAUUAUCAGUUUGAAUUAUUUGUUAUGGGACCUAUUUUCUGAGAAUUUCGGCAAAAUCGAUUUUUAAACAUGAUUAUUUCAUCCUUUCAUUUCAUAAAUAAUUAAAUGUUUAUAAUCUUAAAUAGAUUAACACAAGAUAUAACUACACGUCCGUUACAAAAAAUCCUUUAGUUUGAAUCCAAGACAGUAAAAGGCAUGAAGAAAUAAAAAGUGUCUAUAAUUCUUAUAAAUAAUUUACAACUAAGAACAAAGGCACGUGGUUAAAUCAUAUGAAUAAAUUUCUCAUAUUUUGCAAUAUAUGUAAUAUUGUUUUUUCAUGUACUUAUCAUGAUUAAUGCUUUGCUGUA